CGGACUGGGAAACCUCAACGCCCUUACCUGGCUCUGUAAGUUCUUGGGGUUCACCGGCUAAGGACUAAGGUUUGUUGUCUCCUGUCAUGCUACCAGACAGUCCGCUUGCAGAAACUACCACAUGCUGAUGGCGCCGUACCGGAGAAAAAGAGCCGUAAAUGCUACGGAGCUGUUGAACCGGAGGAGUAGAGGUAUCAGAGAUGCUGGGACUCUGAUCAGACACAAUAUGAAGGUCCUUAGAGGGAUCCUCCUCCAGGACAACAGGGAUUUCAUUAAAGCAUGGAGCAAGACCUCAAAGUCCACUAUGAUGUAUGAGAGUGGUAAAAUCUAUUUUGAAAAUUACCAGAACUGCUACAGCUGUGUUCAUUCAGAGCCUCAAGUUCUAUACAAACUGCCUAAGAAAUCUAAAUUGGAGAAAUUUGAGGAUGCCUUGCUGUGUCAGAGCCCACUUGACAACACAUUAGCCUCCUCCUCUGAUCAUAAACCCAGCCUCCUAGUUUUGACGGCCAAUAACUGGCUGUAUCGCCUUUCAGCUGAAACAGGAGAAGAGCUGCAAAGAGUUUACCUCUCUUCCAACCAUAAGUUCAGGUAUCUUGGCUGGGAUGUUUCUCAAGAGAUGUUUUAUGUUAAAUCUGUUCAAAACAAAGAUACAGUUUUAGCCCGACAGGCAGGUAUCACUCAGAACACGGUGAUGCACCUGGCCGUCUUUCAUGUCUUUCCAUUACAAAUUGUAGGCAUGUUGGAGAUCAACAAAAAGGUAUUUGGGACUAGUGUUACUGAUGUUGUUCUGUCUCAAGGUGUCCUUGUGGUGUCUUACAGCAACAAGUCAGUGAAACUGUACAGCUUUAAGCACAUUGUUCAAAGGUGUUUGACAGAGAAGUUAACACUUGGAAAGCAGAGUUCACUUCUUGGAGGCAAAACAGUGGGAGAUGUUCCGUUUGGUAUCCCGGUAAAUAUCCAGAUCACAGAUUGUCCUCCAGUGCUUUUUGAGGUGUCAUGCACUGAUAACAGUAUCCAGAUUGGAGGCUACCCGUGGCACUACAUCUACACACCACCGCAUAAAAGACACAAGGGCACUCACCACAUCUGUUCACUCAAGGACAGCACUAUGGCAACAAAUGGAAUUCAAAACAUGAACUGCUGCUCUCUAGAGAGUGAUGGGAUCUUCUUCCACCCUGAUGACUCAGGAAGAAUCAUUCAUGUUGGACCUGCCACCAUAAAUGUCCUUAAAAUUUGUGGUGAACUAAACAGUGGUUUGCCAUCGAAGGUACUUGAGGAUUUCUCUAUGGCAACCCAUCGGAACAGCAAUCCUACCUCACAAGUCACUGUGACCUCAUCGGGCCGCACGGUGAAAAAACGAUUUCAUCAGCUGGAUGAUGACCCAGAUCAAGAGACUUUCCGUAUGGUGGAGUUUGAGGAUGAGCUUGACCUUUUGGCAGUGGUGGUAACUAAUGGUGAGGAGGGAGAAGGCAGAGCCCAUAUCCGACUGCAUGACAACCAGAGCGGGCAGUUACUGCGGACGGUUGAUCUGGUGGAACCUUGGGACGAGACCUAUCGACAUGAGUUGUUCUUUGACAAAGACACAAUUGUUCAUAUUGAACAAAAGAAUUCCAACUUCUGCUGCCAUGUUUACAAACUCAAGGCUGUCAGCAAAUAAGCUAUUCUGUGUGGAAAACCCACAUAAUGCUGUUUUUUUUCAUAUUUGGAUCACUGUCAUUUUUGUGUGAAUUACAUUUGAUAAUCAUGGUUUGUGACUGACAUCAUUCAAAGCUUCUGAACUGUAUAUUAACAUGUUCUGUCUUCUUUACCUACGUAUUACAUUUUUUACACUCUUAAUCUUUCUCUUAAAUUAAAAUCAAAAAAUUUUUUUUUUG